AUGAAUUGUAUAUUACAGUUAUUAUCAUUCGGCAAAGAAAAAUUUAAUACCAAACCAAAAAAGGGUAUUGAAUUCUUACAAGAACAUAGACUUCUAUCAACACCAUUAAUUCCAGCUGAAAUUGCUACAUUUCUAAAAGAAAAUGCACUUUUAGACAAAAAAAUGAUUGGUGAAUACAUCAGCAAUAAAGUUAAUGUAGAAAUUUUAAAUAGUUUCAUUAACUCUUUUAAUUUAAGCAGCACUCGUAUUGAUGAGGCUCUUAGAAUGUAUUUGGAAGCAUUUAGAUUACCAGGAGAAUCACCACUUAUAUCUUUUGUAUUGGAACCGUUCACUGAAUAUUGGCAUUGUAAUGGAGAACCAUUUGCAAAUGCUGAAUGUGCAUUUUUGUUAGCAUAUGCUAUUAUAAUGUUAAAUGUUGACCAACAUAACCAAAAUGUCCGAAGAAUUGAUCAACCUAUGACACCCGUAUCAUUCAAACGUAAUCUAAAAAAAUUGAAUGGAGGUGAAGACUUUGAUCAAACUAUGUUAGAGGAAAUAUAUAAAGACAUAAAAACAAAUGAAAUUGUAAUGCGUGCCGAACAAAGUGGCAUUGUACUUGAAAAUUAUUUGUGGAAAGUGUUACUACGACGGGCUAUUGGGAAAGAUGGAACUUACAUUCAAGUACCAAAUGGUAUUUUUGAUCACGCUUUGUUUUCUAUAUGUUGGGGACCAACAUUGAUUGCUUUAAGUUCAAUUUUUGACAAAUCAAACCAUCUGUCUAUUUAUACUAAAACUAUUUUAGGUCUAAAAAAAUGUGCUUUUAUUUGUGCACAUUAUGGUAUGUGUGUAGAAUUUGAUAGUUUGAUAAUGUCUUUAUGUAAAUUUACCAAUCUACAAAACAAUCCAGAUUGUCCUGAAAAUGUAACAAUACUGUUUGGUAGCAACCCAAAAGCUCAACUAGCUACUCGUACACUUUUUAGUAUUACCCAUAUGUAUGGUGACAUUAUUCGUGAAGGAUGGUCUAGUUUAUUUGAUAUUAUAUUGCAGUUGUACAAGUGCAAUCUAUUACCAACCAUACUAGUUGAGUCUGAAGACUUUCUGGAAUUAAGUGGUAAAAUUUCAUUAAUUCGUGAAGCAGUUCCAUCAGAAUCUCAAAAAUCUGAUGCAGGAAUAUUCAGCUCUCUGUACUCUUACAUAGCAUCUGGUGGUGAACCUAAUAAUCAUAAAAUACAAACAUCAAAUGAAGCAGAACUAAUUGAAGCUGCUAAAACUUGUAUAUCAGAAAGUCAUCUUGAAAGUUUGAUUACAGAAUCAAAAUGUCUUACAAUCGAAUCUUUAGAAGCUUUAGUUAAAGCACUUCUAAGAGUUUUUUAUAAUGCUGAUGGCAUACUUAUAUUAGGAUCAAAAGAUAAUGAAAAUUCUGCCUGUUUUCUAUUAGAAAUGCUUCUUAAAAUAGUUUUACAAAAUCGAGAUAGAGUUAACACUGUUUGGAAUCCAUUAAAACAGCACUUAUACAAUCUUAUAACUGGUGCAAUUGAAAACAAACAUAAAUUUCUCUUGGAACGUACAGUUGUUGGAAUAAUGAGGUUAGCUUCUCGAUUAAUGAGACGAGAAGAAAUCAGUUCAAUGGUAUUAAUGUCACUAAGUAUGUUACCAUUACUCGAUAAAAAUUCUUUACAAAUAGUAGGAAGACAAAUAGCAUUUGGAAUGUAUGAAUUGUUAAAAAUGUGUGCAGUAAAUAUUCAUACUGAAGAUGAUUGGGCAUUAAUUUUUACUAUAUUAGAAAAUGUUGGUGCUGGGGUUGUUAUAUCUAAAAACCAUAUACAUCCUGAUAAUGAACCAAUUAGUUUAAGUGAUAGUAAUUAUGAUAGUGGACUGGAUGUUAGAUCUUUAAAUAAUGUAUUGUCUUCUUCAUCUUCACCACCUGAUAAUUGUUAUGUUGGUUGGUCAAAAAUUGAACAGAAUAAUGGAAUUUUAGAAACUCGAGCUGAAAACAUUAUGUUCACUCUUCAUGAUCCAUUUUCAUUUGUUAAGUGUUGCGAGUCUUUGGCUUUUUUGAUACGCAAUAUUGCACAUAUCACACCUUAUAAUUUUCCUAAGUGUGUAUCUGUUAUAAUGAAUUUUGCUCAAGCUAGUUUGCAAACAAGUAAAAUGCAUUGUAUAAUUUUUAGAGACAAAAAUCUGCAACGAAAAUUAAAUGUGAAAUCUAAAAAAAAUAAUAAGGUUUUAAAUAAAUCAAAAUAUUCUAGUCAAUAUGAUGCUGAUGAUAGUGAUUCUGAAGACAUUCCAAGUAGUUAUUCUCAAGUUUCUAUUCAAUUAUUAGAUCUCAUGCAUACUUUAUACACAAGUACUGCAGAGAUAUACCGUUGUUGGGCAGAAGAAAAUCCCGACAUUGAACUUGCGUCCUUGUGGAAUCUUGGUUGGUGUCCUCUUCUUCAAGGAAUUGCUAAUCUCUGCUGUGAUUGUAAACGUGAUGUAAGAAUGAGUGCAAUUACUUAUUUGCAACGAGCUUUACUCGUGCAUGAUUUAGUAACACUAAAUAGUGACGAAUGGGAAGCAUGUUUUCGCAAAGUCUUGUUUCUUUUAAUGGACAGGUUAUUAACAUGUGGUAAAGAUAUUGAUCCAAGCGGAUUAGAUGAAAUCAAAAUGAGAUCUGCUACACUUAUAUCUAAGGUUUUCUUACAUCAUUUGGUGCAAUUGCAAUCUCUGUCAUCAUUUGUAGAUUUAUGGAUUAUACUUUUAGAAUUAAUGCAUAAAUUCAUGAUUUCUGAUAAUAGUGAUACACUGAUUAAAGCCAUUCCCGAAACCCUAAAAAAUAUGUUAUUGGUAAUGUUAAAUGGUAAAGCCAAUAGUAAGGAGGAAUUACAUAACAAACAACUAUUUUGGGAUGCUACUUGGUCAAAAGUUGAUACAUUUUUACCAAAUAUGGCCAAAGAUUUAUCACAAUAUCAUAAAAAACAAGAUUCAGAAACCCAAAAUGUAUCCAACUCCGUGAAUUCCAGACCAUUAGACGCAAUCCCACAAAUAUCUGGUAACUCAGAUGUAUCAAUUUAUCAUUCGCCAAUUAUUUUAGAUGUUUCUCAAACAAAUAUUUUACCUCAUUUGUCUACUACACUACUCCCAAAAAAUAAUCAGUCAAUUGAUAGUCAUUCUUCAAUAGUUACUCCAGACUUUAUUGAUAAUUCACACUACUAUGGGUAUGAUCAAAAUGAUGAACUGAUUGCAGUUAUGACUACUAAUCCUAUAUCACAACCAUAUUUACCUAUUAUCAAAGAAAAUUCUAAUAAAAUUAAAAAUCCAACUCAAGAAUGUGAUAACAACAAAACAUCAGAUGAUGUGGUUUAUUAUACAAAUUAUACAAAUUAUUAUUUGUGAUUAUUUAAAUGUUUAUAUUUCUCAUUAUACGAUUACCUAUGUUAUACUUAAUUGUUUAAAUUUUAAAUAAAUGAUUGUAUUUUUGAUCCCUAAAUGUAAUUUUUUUCUUUAACU